AUGACAGCUGCUAAAGAACAAGAGUAUACUUCAGUGUAUAUUUGGCUUGAUUCCAAUGCUAAUUCAAAUAGCCAAAGUGCAAUAAAAGUUAAAAAAAAGUUAAUAGCCAAACUUGAAAAUUUAAAAACAUUUAGCGAUAUUAAUGAAUUUGAAGAAUUUAUUGAAACAUAUGAUGAUGAAAAUAUUUUACUUAUUGUAUCUGGCUCAUAUGGACGACAAAUCGUACCGCAAAUACAUAAUUUACCGCAAUUAUUUGCUGUCUAUGUUUAUUGUUCGGAUAGAGUACGAAAUUUAGAAUGGGCAAAACAAUACACAAAAGUAUGUUCAUUACAAACAAACACAUUGACGUGCUUCACAGCUUUUUACUGCUACAUUUUGCAGAGACCAUGA